AUGCGCACACAGAUCAAGACAAUCAUCGCUCGACUCCAGACGUACGGAAUCACGACCUUCACCGAAGCGAAUGUCAACUAUGCUCUGCAGGCCACAAACUCCGAGGGCAAUGGUGAGGACGCCAUGCGACUGCUGCUCCUCUUCGAGGACACAUACGAAGGCAUCCUCAAGACAUAUAACCCCUCGACCAAGCUGCUCGGUGCUGAAAACCGCAACGGCGUGACUUGCUACCUCGAUGCACUCCUCUUCGCCAUGUUCGCGCGUCUCGACAGCUUCGAAGCCAUGCUGUAUAAUAGCUUUGAGGAUCUUCCGCGCAAGAAGCUGGCCGGUCUCCUACGCUUGUGGGUCAACAUGUUACGCUCCGGCAGACUGAUCACUCGAGACAUUACCAAACACUUGCAAGACUCGCUCGCGGAAUGCGGUUGGGAAUCGGCAGCCGAAUUGUGCCAGCAAGACACAUCCGAAGCCUUCACCUUCAUCACUGGCAAGCUCGAGCUCCCACUGCUCACUCUGAAGAUGGACUUGUUCCAUACAGGCAAAGAAGAUCCUGCUGACGAUCACAAAUUUGUCAAUGAACGCCUGCUCGAAGUCGCCGUAGUCACCGAACCGCCCGAGGGAAGCAGUGUCGUCACGCUGGAAGAUUGUCUGGAAAACUAUUUCAACAACCGUAUCGAGGUUAAACGUCAUCUUGACAGACGCAAUACACUCCAGUCCGUCAGGUCCAACGAGAGACUUCAACGUUCGAACUCUUGCGAAAAGGGUGGAGCUUUGCAUGUCGAAACGGUUGAAUACUUUGACCAAGCCGCCACACCCAGGCCGGAUCCCAGCACUCCGGUCAAAUCGCCAUCGUCUGCGCCCGGCACCCCAAUCAAGUCGCCUCUCGAUAAGAUCAGGCCCGGCAUGAAUCGCAAGCGUGCCGAUAGUAUUUUCAGCCAGCGAAGAGUGGUGGAAGCCAAGCCAGACGAGAAGAAAGAGCUAGAUGAUGCCACAAAUACUCCCGGCCGACCGCGUAAGAACUCGAUCCGGACGGAGGUGUUGAUGCCCGCCUGGCAGUUCUUCAAACUGCUUCCAUGGUAUACCGAGAACAUUAUCCCUACUAGCGAUGCCCAGGUCGCCGCUCAUUUCUCCAAGAAGCGACCAGUGCUUGGAAUUGCCCUCAAGAGAUACCAGUACACCAACACUGGCAUCGCAAGUCGUCUCGACACCUUCAUCGACAUUCCUCUUGAGAUUGCGGUACCGAACUUUGUGUCCGACGAUGAGAUGGAAGAUCAUAGCCCGCUUGUUGGCAACUUCAAGCUUGUUCUCCAGUCAGUUGUCUGCCAUCGAGGCGUAUCCGUCAAUUCUGGUCACUACGUUUCCCUGGUCCGGGGUCGCGCUGCCAAUGCUCAAAGCAUCGAUGGACGUUCGGAUCGCCCGGAUACUGCUACCAGUGUCGAAGAAGAAGAUCCUUGGAUGCUGUUUGACGAUCUUGCCAGAGAACGUGUCACCUACGUUGACAUCAAUCAAAAGCUGAAGGAAGAAUGUCCUUACCUUCUCUUCUACCAAGUUCAACCCAUCGACGAGGAACUCAUCCCUGACGCGCCUCCAACCUAUGACGAGGCCAUGUCACGACACCCAUCAGAUUCUUUCGAGUAUUCGCCUGAAAAGCUCAAGAAGAUCGGCAGUGACGAGAACGACAUGGUCCUAGUCGAAUCUUCUUCCCCGACUUCGCCUAAUGGGCUAUCGGGCACCGAGACCGCAGACUGGACAGCAUCUAACAGAACCAGUCUGGACAUACGCGGGAGGGCCAGUCUAGAUGCUCGUCGUGAAAGUGUCGCAGACGAUGGCAGCGCUGCUGGCAGUCAAGCCACUAUGUCCGUACCAUCAACACCGAUAGACGAGUCACGAGGUAGCUUCCUUGGCAUACCGUCGAGGAGAGGUAGCAAGGUUAGCACCAAGAAGACCAAGUCACGUCCUGGGUCUACAGACGGCGGCUCGCGCUUCAGUCUGAAUAUGAGUAUGAGCAAACUCACAAGUCGUGUGAGCCGGACCGAUCUUACAAAUCUUGCUGCGGCAGCUGAACAGGACGAGGACCAGGUUCACAGCAAAGAUGUGGAAGGUCAGCCGACGGUGAGCGGCAGUGAAGCAUCCGUCGAGAGUCUCAAGAAUCUUGACGCAAAGAUGGCCGAGAAAGCCGAGAAAGAGAGGACCGGCAGGAGCAAAGUCAGGAAAGAGCGAAGUGACAAGGGCCACGAAGGACAUUUCCAUCGAAAGCGAAAAACGGAGAAACCGGACAGAGAGUGUACCAUCAUGUGA